AUGGGCUGGGCCCGUCCCGCGCGAGCAGCCAAUGGACGGUCGGGGGCGUGUCAUCCGAGGCGGUCAGGAGUGGGCAUUCGGUCCCCCGCGCUGUCUGGAGGCUCCGCGAUGACAGCUUUGAGUCCGGGCGCGGCCGCCGGGGCGAGCAGGUGUGAGCAAGUCUCAGGGGCCUCCCUCCCAGCUGCCUUCUUAAGAGUGGGGCUGGCAGCUCCCUGGGAGGCUGAUUCUCCUUCCGACCCAGGCAUAAACUGGACUUCAGGCUUCCAGGAGGGCCGCAACCAACAGAUGCGUGGGAAGACGGCUUCUCUGAAGAAGAGCACCGAGAAGCUAGGUGGGGUCCCGAGAGCCCAAGACACCAGUCUGUCCUGGCCAGAAGGCUUGAAGGGUGAAGAUGUAAAGAAGUGUAGCCGAGAAGGGACGCUACGGAGUAAAUACAACCAGCAGUACCACAAGCUGUUUAAGGACAUUCCCUUGGAGGAAGUGGUUCUCAAAGUGUGCUCCUGUGCCCUCCAGAGGGACCUGCUUCUCCAGGGCCGGCUCUACAUCUCCCCCAACUGGCUCUGCUUCCAUGCCAGCCUCUUCGGCAAGGAUAUCAAGGUGGUCAUUCCUGUAGUGUCUGUGCAAAUGAUCAAAAAACACAAGAUGGCACGGCUCCUUCCCAAUGGCCUGGCCAUCACCACCAACACCAGCCAGAAGUAUGUCUUUGUGUCCCUGCUCUCCCGGGACAGUGUAUACGACAUGCUGAGAAGGGUCUGCACCCACCUACAGCCUUCAAGCAAGAAGAGUCUGUGUGUAAGAGAAUUUCCUGAGGAACCUGAGUGCGAGUCUCUGGAAGCCCUCAUCCCUGAGAUGAAGUGGAGGAAAGUGUGCCCUGCCUCCAGGUCCCUGUCCCUCCCAGACAGCAUCCGUUGUAUCUCUCGGGCAUCCAUGGAAUCCACGGACAGCUUCUUCCCCUCCAAGAAGCCUCCGGGGUCUGAGAUCUCCGACUGUGAGGAGGAGAAGCUGGAGGAGGGGCCCACGAGAAACGGGGAGCUCAGGCUCUGGGAUUACCGGCUCCUGAAGUUCUUCUUUGUGCUGAUCUGCUUCUUGGUCAUGUCUUCAUCCUACCUGGCAUUCCGCAUCUCCCAGCUAGAACAGCAGUUAUGUUCCCUGAAUUGGGGCGGCUCGGUCCCUGGGCACAGGUGAUGCCCCUUCUCUUUCUUAUGCUUCUGGGAUUGAGGGUGAAGGACAGGAGCCAACACCCAUGGCCAGGCUCCUUGCUGGUCUGACUGGUCUUGGCCUUGCCCUUGAGCUGGUUUGUUGGCCGUCAGCGAGGUUGGGCAGGGUAUGCAGGGCGUACAGACCCCACCUUGACCCGCCCUCGUGGGCAGACCCACUGACUUGUCUGUCUGCCUUCUAGGCCCUUUGUCUGACCUGUGUGCCGUCUCUUCUGUGUGCAGGUAACAGCCACUUGGCCUUUGACCCCAAUCCUCCAAGAGGAAUGCUCUGGGUGCUAAGGUGCCACCACCGAUGCCCUUGGUUUGUGCUGCCGCUGUGCCUCCUCCCCACAGCUCUUCUCCCUCCUUAAAUGAGUGGUCUGA